AUGUAUAUAGCAAUUCCAGUUUUGUUAUAUACUGGAGAGAGGGCUUUUAGAGCAAUUCGAUCUUGUUUGUACCAGGUGAAAGUCUUGAAGGGAAUAUCUCUUGGUUCAAAGGAGUACCCAAAAAUAUUCAUUGAUGGACCCUACGGUGCUGCUUCUCAAGACCUUGUCAAGUACAACCAUGUGGUGCUAAUUGGCCUGGGUAUUGGAGCCACACCCUUCAUGAGCGUCCUAAAAGAUGCUCUAAACAGGUUAACUGAGACAUGUGAUGGUCAUACUGACAAAGGAAGAGGCAGCCUAAGUACAUCCAAAAUUUAUCUUUACUGGGCAAGAGAGCAAAGCUCCUUUGAUUGGUUUAAAGAUUUCAUGAACGAUUUAAUACUUUCAGACCAAACUCAGUCAGCUGUAGAGAUGCACAAUUUCCUCACUAGUAUAUAUCAUGAAGGGGAUGUAAGGUCUGUUCUAAUAAGAGCAAUUCAAGCCCUGCAUUAUACUCGAAGGGGCAUGGACAUUGUCUCCAAAACUCCUGUAAGUUUCCAUUUACACUGCCUGAAUCUAAGAUAAAGUUAUACCAAUGGCUAGCUUACAUUGUCUAAGAAUUGAAAAAGGAAUAUCUGAUUCCCAUCAUUUCCUGUUCUAAAAUAAACAAACUUGGAUCGCAUAACUCACACAUUCGAUCUAGAUGAAGAACAAAAGAGAAGUAAAUGGAGAAAUAUACAAAGAGACACCAGAAUGUAAAACUCUACGGUGGCUAGGUGGCUAGGAUUUAUUUAUAGAUGACUUCAAAUAGUUACGGAUAAGAUAAUAGAGAAGGUGGUUUGAUUCUGAACAAGGGUUUUCUACGGUGGUCCUUCGGCAUUGGCAAGAGAACUGAAGGAGCUAUGCACCAAGUUCUCCACCAAAACCUCAACUAGAUUUGUAUUCCAUAAGGAGAAUUACUAGAUUAACGUUGUUUUUCGAGUACAACAGCCAAAUAAAUAGGUAUAUGUACUACUUCACUCCAGCCAGAAAUAAUUCACAAUAAAUUGGUAUAUGCAUGUGUUUUAUUUCAAUUGUAAAUUGAAAUAAUUUAAAAUUGCACCGCUUCCGCAGGUGGAAAUGGCGGAACAGCCAAAUAAUAAAUUAUAUCAUUACGGUGUACUACUUCACUCCAGCCUCAUCGCUAUUAGUAUCUAAAGAGGCUUAAGCGACGUUAUCUCAUAUGCACUGAUAUAUCAGUAAGUUCAAACAAAUUUCAAGACAUGGAAUAAACUGAAAACAAAAAGAAACCAACUAGAAGUUCGAUGAAUGGUAAAUUACUAAGCUCGGGCAGAAGA